GGUAUAUUGUUUUUUAAAAAUGUUUGUCUUUUCUUCCGUUUCAAAUUAGGAUAAUUUUGUAUGAGAAUGAUUUUUAGUUGUGCAUUUCAAUAAGGAUUAAGUGGUAUAAUAGCGCAUCAACGUAAAGAUCAUGGGCAAGAUACUAUCCAAAAUAUUUGGUAACAAAGAAAUGAGAAUAUUAAUGCUUGGUUUAGAUGCUGCAGGAAAAACAACUGUUCUAUAUAAACUGAAACUUGGACAGUCUGUUACCACUAUUCCAACAGUUGGAUUUAAUGUUGAAACAGUUACAUAUAAAAAUGUUAGAUUUAAUGUUUGGGAUGUUGGUGGACAAGAUAAAAUACGACCUCUUUGGAGACAUUAUUAUGCCGGUACACAAGGAUUAAUUUUUGUUGUAGAUUGUGCAGAUAGAGAACGAAUGGAAGAAUCAAAGUUAGAAUUGCAUAAAAUAAUCAAUGAUAGAGAAAUGCGAGAUGCUGUUGUUCUUAUUUUUGCUAAUAAGCAAGAUUUACCAAAUGCUAUGAAACCUCAUGAAGUGCAGGAGAAAUUAGGUCUUACUAGAAUACAAGAUCGUGUAUGGUAUGUUCAACCUUCAUGUGCUACAACCGGUGAUGGUCUCUAUGAAGGUCUAAUGUGGCUUACUGCAAAUAAUAAGUCUUGAAGAAAGCUAGUUUAAAAUAAAUUAUUCCUCAUAUUAUAAAGGAGAUUAUAUAUUUCUUCCUGUGAUAAGCCUAUUUAUGGAGAGGUUUCAGUUUGAUGAGGAAGCAAUAUUUGUAUUUCUCUCCCAUUGUUAUUGUACAGACGUUAUGAAUAAUAUUCUUUUAGUUUGAAAUUCUAUUUAGUAUCUUUAAUUUCUUUCAUGAUAAAUAUAGCUUUAUUUUGCUAUUUUUGUAACAUUUUGAUAUCUUACUAUUUUAGUUUAUCAUUAUAUAUUUA